CCGAGUAGCAUCAUUCUUGUCAGUAAAUGUUUGAGCAGUGAUAUAGUAAAAUAAAUUAUUUGGGGAUACAAUGACUAAACUUAUGGAAUGUUCUAUUUCUCUGUGCGCUAUGGUUAUAAACGUUGCUGCAAUUUGGGAAGGAAUAGCGGGGCCGUAUGAAGUUCGUUUCAGUCAUUUGACUUAUUGCGAGAAGAAAGGAUCAAUUGAAGCUUUGCGGCCGAUGAAGGCGAAUAAAUUCAAUCGAACACAUUUCGUGUACAGCGGGAUUAUCGACUCUGGUGUUGACAUGGAUGAUAGUGUCAAGGUAAGAGUAGUAGCAUCCAGCAAAGGAGCAAAUGACCGUUACAAUAGUAUCAUUGAUAUUGAAAUGAAAGCUUGCGAUAUUGUAAAGAAGUAUGGAAUGAGCAUUACGAAAAGUAUAAUGGAUCAUUGCAAUCUCACAGUACAAUGUCCAAUAAAGAGGGUGAGUAUGCCUCCCUGA